GCUGCACAGGCCAACUACUAUAUAGAGUCAAUGACAAGUAAAGAAUGCGACAGCAAAAGCUGCUCUGAAGUGCUGGGUGCAGUAAGAUGAAACAGUAGUCACAGUGCCCUGUGCUCUGGGAUGGACUUAAAACAUGAGGCACAUGUAUGGAGCUAUCAAGACUGGAGUUAUUUCUGUACAACGAAUGCUCCCCACAGCCCCUUGGAUAUUCAUCAUGGAAGUGUAACUGGAGCUAGAAUCAUUCUCUCCACAUCAUCUAAAGGACUGCCGUUUACAGCUGUCAGCCACUUCGCCGGCUGUUCUCAGGAACUUUUUGACAUUGUGUGGAGUCGUGCGUGACAUUGUGCACAGUGUGUGAGUGUGUGCAUGUCAAUGCUUCAGGAAGUUUGUUCUUGGCUUUCAGUCAAAACUGAGUAGAAAUGGUGUGUAAUUGCCCACUCAAGAUUAUCAAUGUGCCAUAAGUGGGCACAAUAUGGGACUGUAUUUUGUAAUGAUCUAUCUCAUUUUCUAUUAUUCAUAUCCGUUGUGCCGAGUGGCCCAAUCCCGGCGAUAACGGCUGUGCAACAUUGUCCAAGCCAGUGAUGGAGGAUGAAAAAGAAUAGAAAAUCAACUGGAUCAUUAGAAAAUACAGCCCCUUGUCAGCUGACCUGCCAAGCGAACAAUGGAGUGUUUUUGAAUCUACUUCCUCAAAUGAUUGUGUGUUGGAGAUAGGAUUAGUUUAGCUGACAGACCUUUUAUAUGUACCUAUAUAUAUAUAUGUAUAUAUUUUUAAGGCAAUAAAUGCGUAACUUAUGACGAUGUCUCUGUUUUUGCUCUUGAGUGAAGUUCGUGGAAAGGAACUUGUGUACAAGUACGGUCAAGAAUCAUUUUGUUUAUGCGCAUGAUAACGUGUGCACGUCGUGCGAGCGACGCGUACGCAUAUGUAAAAUAAUAAAUAUUAGAAUAUGUUGCGCAGCACUGGAACCGCCGCGCAUGAAAAAUUCUGACGAAACCACAGUUUCUACGAACGAAACCGAAAACGUUCACAUUUAGCCGUCAAAUCUUCGGCGUCUGGUAACUAUGGGUCGCGCUAUGCAGGAAAGCAACGACAGGCGCGCUCGUCACGCGGUAGCAACUGAUAUAAGCGACGCGUAACAAUUUAACUGCGCAAUUUGAUAACGUCGUAAUUGCGCUGCGCGCUUUGUGACUUCCCGUUGGAGGUAUAAUGUACUUGCUCCGCUGUUGCUGACUUGCGUUGGCGCGACGCAGUGAAGAGAAGUGAACUGAACGAGUUGAACUCUUGCCAAGAUCUCGAGCCGACGUCGGCUGCUGCCUGUGUUCUCGGUUGUGGGGAGUUUAUUUUCUUCCGUCUUUUCUGAUGAGUACGCGCUGCGGGAACUGCAAGGAAAACAUCUCGGCCGCGGAAGUCGAAGGCUUUUCUUGGACAGGCGUUGCACCACUCGCCACGGGCGCUUCAUCAUCGAAGACCGGAGCGCAGGGCCGUCGCGAAACCAGGUCAUGUCGUCGUUCUCGUCUGCGACCAAAGUGUUUGGUGUGUCCCUGCUCGCCGUCCCAACGACGUACGCAUUUAACGUGGUCGCCCAACUACUCAAGUGGGACAGCGCCUUGCCCGUUUGUGUGGGCGUAGUGGUGGUACUUGCGGCCGUAGCCGGCCUCUUAUUUUGGGCCACGGGCAGGAAGCCCCCGUUGGCGGGCGGCCGAAAACGCGAACAGAUAUGGUUCUACGCCUUGGCGAUAUCUGCAUUUACAAGUGUUGCAUCCCUUACUGUGGGCCUAGAGCUAGAUGGAAUCAUAUCAGGCUUUGUCAAUGUGUACCUGAAGGUUGGUGAGCCAUACCUGCGGUGCAGUCACGGCGCCAUGGCGUCCUACUGGCACGGGACUGUGAUGUACGCCAUGCACCUGAUGAUGCUGGCAGCACUGACUUGGGAUGGUAACCUCUACAGUGUCGCCCUCUUCUGGUGUGGUUCAAAUGUCAACAGCACACUUGUGCUUCUGCUUGGAGUUGCAACAGGAAAACAUGGUAUCACACCAGGGGCCAUGUUCUACCUUGUGGUUGCCUUUGCUGCUCCCUGCUUCCUCUACCAACUGAGACAUCAGAGGAUUGCCCCCGCGGGGACUGGCCCAAGGGAACGCUUCUUCAAACGCAAGCAAGAUAUUGUCUUGCUUCUUUACCUACUCACUGCAAGCUUUAUAACCAUAUUUAGAGGCUUGGCGGUGUUAGGAACAAACAUUGGCUGGAUCAAUCGUUAUGUUGCAACUGUAGAGCCAUACCUUCUACAGAAAGACCCUGCCCCAUUCCCAAAGAUGCAGAUGCUUGUCUACCUCUUCCACCAUCUUCCUCUACAACUCGCCAGUGCCUAUGCAUUACUUGUGCCUGGUUGCCAGUGGAUGCCAGACCUCAGUCUUCUCAUUGCUGGUGCUGUGUUGCAGGGACAAGUGACACACAUUGGUGCAUCGUUUCAUCCACGUACACCGUAUGUGAUGCGAGUGCCUCCUGAGCCAGCCUCGUGGCUUGCCUUCUGGAUUGUGAACCUCCUGCUGGCCCUGGGGUUCCAGUGCCUAGCAUACAGGUGCAACAGCGAACCUCGGUUUUUCGCUGUGCUGCGCUCGCACAGUGAGCGACGAAUGUCCUAGCCCAUCAUAGGAUGUGUACCCCCCUACUCAGCAACCAUAGGUCAUCCAAGUGGCAAUCAUGGCACAUCCAAGCAGUGUGCUUACCUCUCUCCACUGCUUUUGGCACGAGCCGUUGACAAACCCUUGCAAUGAUGGCAUGAAAUCAAGAAAACAUAGCGACAGAUGAGAGGUUAGUCUAACACUCCUUUUAUUUUUUUAUUUUUUCUUAAUGGCUCUCGGGCACUGAAAAGUGUGGAAGAAACUUCAUGAUAUUUUUUCUAGUUUCGGCUCCUACUUGUUUUAUUUAACCCCUUGUGGAAUUAUGAUUUGUUUGAAGCACAGCAUCAGUAUUGCUGAAAAUGCAUUUUUUUUUCUUGGCUAAGCAUGUAGAGAGGAUUGGUCAGUGCAAAGUAUUUGCAUGACAAAACAAAACUUCUCAAAGUGGUCAGCAUGCUACCAGAAGAUCAAUUGGCUCUGUGCGAUUAAGAACCAUAGUUGGCACGUGUUCAGCUGCUUAGCUUUGAGAAGCACAUAAAUCUCACGAGUUGUGUUUGUUACCAGUUGUAUUGGAGUACUGGUGUCAUUUGUCAAAGCAAGCAAGUUUUGCCUGCAAUAGAUAAUGGAAUUACAUAAAAUUUCUGCGCUGCGGCAUUUGUUGUUUUGCAAAGGAAGGUUGUGAGAGUUAAGGUCAUUCGUUCACGUGUGGCAAUGUCAGUGGCUUACUGAACCAUGCUCAUAGUGGAGAUAAUUCUGGUUAUUGCUGGCCUUUCAUCAGUUUUGUUUGGUUGUUGCUGCUGCUUUGUUUUCAGAUUCUUGCCAUUGUUUGUCGACGUUUUGAGGCUCAUGGAGGCAUUGCCUGCGUGCAUGCACUGAAACAUCACAAGGUCUAGAUUACCUACUUGUGCAGACUGUAGUUGUUCUUUAUGUGAUGCUCUCUUGAUCAUAGUUUGUUGUAUGGACACUCACAUUGUCUUCCUUUAUCACAGAAGAAAAUACAUCUUAUGAGAGAGGCCUUUGAAAUACUACCGCCCACGGAUUGCAGGUCUCUGACAUAUUUUCAGUGCACUGCUGUGGCAUCUAUUUUACACCAUGUGAUGUCUAUGCAAUAACCAUGGAUGAAGUUCACUACGUAUAAAAUUGCAAGGAAUACUAUUCAGUCUUGAAGCAGCAUACGCAUCAUGUGGUGUAAAAUGCUGCGAUGCGAUGCCAAAAGUAUGUUGGAAAUAUGUUGCCCAUAAUUGCCACUUUUGAAAAGCUGUGAAUGCCAUGUACUUGCACUUUUUUGUGUGUGUUCAAGUUUUUGUACUUGUGUAGCCGUGGAAGUGAACAAAACAGUAUGGUUGUGUGGUCCCACUGGUGUUGUGGCAAGAAGAAUUAUAAACGUGACUUUUGUGUAGCCUUGCUGCUGAAAAUACAGGGCGAAGCUAAGUAUGUGCCUUUGUAGCGGUCUUGAGGCUUUUUAUAUAUGUAGUUCCUAGUCAAAGGUGAAUUCAGGCUUUCUUGAUGUGUAGUUAUGGUUAAAGCAGCUGCUGUGAACCAACUGCUUUAAGUGUGUCACUUUAACAGCUUGGUAUUCUUUGCGAUGAUUAACACGCGCACUGUGGCCUUGGUGACCUCCGAGUCAUGGUGGUUACCACCCCUGUGUGGCUAUGAAAGUGCAGGUACUUUAACUUGUGGAAAUAUCUUUGAGUAAGAUCAAUGCAGAUGAAAAAAAUUCUUCUUGCUUUAGAAUACAAGCACUGUCACUUCCCUUCUAGGGCUCAAGAAAAGUAUAAGUGCGUGACCCAUUGGUAAUCACGAUUCACAGGGAUUGAAACCUCUAAUUGCCACCACACUGAACAUGUUGAGUAAUGAAACCUACAUUUAAUGGGCAUGUGCUGAUAGCAGCAUGUGCUUGAAUAGGCAUUUUGUAGACCAAGAAAUAUAGCUUUGUGUUUUUAUUUAUACAUACUAGUACUAUUCAAAACAAUUUGAUGCAUGUCAUAUGCAAACUCCGAUAACUGUGUAGUCAUUGUCAAUGAGGAGGCAGUAAAAGAGGCAAUUUCAUUGUCAAUGAAUGAAAUUGCCUCUUUUACUGUGCGGAAUUCUGGUUUGUACAUUAGUGGCUGCAAUUUAUUUAUUACAUAUUUAACAAAUACUUUGAAACUGUUUUAAUGAGUAUCUGUUAGUACUCAACCAAAGCACAACAAUAAUAACUGCCAAGCUGAAGCUGAAGUACUUCUUGCAUAUCAAGCAGAAAAAGAAAAAAAAAGCUCGAGAUCUAGCCCUUGAAUCUACUACUUAAUUUGUGUUGGUCUUCACUGGAUUAUAAUAUUGUAAAUAUUGCAGAUUACUCUUAUAGCUCCUAUUGUGUUGCAACACAUUCUGUUAACAGUUAACUAGCGUGCAUUUAACCAUCACUAGCACAAGCCAUGUCCAAAUGUUGAAGCUGUGCAUUGCCAUGCAGUUGAAGCUUAAAAUAGUGACAAUCAUUAUAGUUUCAGUGAAACCUUUCUCAAAAUUUUGCUCAGUAUAAGUUAAGUUUUCAUGUUUUAGAAGUGAAAGAAAUUUUUUUGUUUCCAUAACAUUUGUCUAAUGUGCUGGGAAGGAGUAUCAAUAAUUAAGAUUUCAGCAGAAGUUCAGGUGAUGAGUGCACCAUUGAAAAUGUUCUGGCUCAAUUGUUGUAGCCACAAAAGCUAGAAAAAAGCGCUACUGUAGUGCUUGCAUGAUGGUUCACCAUGCCAUCACCUAUAUGCAAUAUGUAUAACCUUCGUCAAAAAUGCUCUCUGCUCCUUGUCCUCUAUACACUCGGCACAAGUCAGUGCCGUCAAUGGGAGCAUGGCAGCCUGUACAUUUUUGACAAAGGCUGUAAUAUAUGGCAGCUUGAUUGGUGGGGGGAUGGGCAUUACACCUUAAAAACCGUUCUCCACCUACUCCACUGCUAAGGCAUUUUAGAUCACAGAAGCUUUUAUUAACUAUUGGCACUGAUUUUGGCCAUCCAUAACUCAUCACACUGCGAGGCGUGAAAGCCUAAAUCAAGGCUAAUUAGUAUAAGGCAAGCAUUGCUGAGAGUGUAUUGAAUGCCUUAGCUCAUUGGAAGAGAAAUGUACUAGAAUGUAUGUAUUGGCGACUUCAUUCUGUGCCUAUUUCGCUUAGCAAGCCUCUAAAGCUUUAUUAUUUUUUACUCUUUGUAAAAUUGUAGUUCAGGUAUUGAAACAGAAUUUCCUGUUUCACUGGACACUCUGUAUUUAUUUUUCAUGAGUUCUUUUUGUUGUGAAUUGUUGAAAUGCUAGUUUGUAUGUUAAGUGGAAGCCUUGGAACACUGUGCUGACUCUUAUGUAAAAAAUUUUCUGCUCUCCAAGCAUUCAAGCGAGAGGUUAGAAUGACAGCUACAGCUGAAUGAUUCAUGCUCAUUGAGGCAGCAUAGGCCUGCUGGGCAUAGCAUUUCACUUUCGUCUACGGUGUUGGCCCUUCUAAUUCAGCACCAAUGAUUUUCUGUCGCACCAUGAUGCCCAUUGAAGACUUCUUUUGUUGUGUUCACAUGGCACACCAGUGUAAAUUACUAUAGUCAUACGGAACGGUGAUAUUCUUUCUUACUUUUUAUCUUGUCACUUUCCACUGUGUUUUACAACUCGCUAGCAUUUUUGCUAGCUUAUUUUGAGCCACUUGAGUGUUGAAUGCUUGCAUUGCACUUUGAGCUUGUUCUAUUGUAUAUUCUUAUUUUUGUUUAUCCUCUACUUAUUCCACCUAAACUUGCUUAUCAAUGACAUUACAAGUCUCAUUGCUUUCAAUUAUUAGUUAUAAUAAUGUAUUUCUGUCUCUAGGUUUUGUUCGUGUGAGCGAUCAGAUAAACGUGCAAACAAAGACAUCAGUGUUUUCAGUAGGUGACCUUCAAAAACAAGAGGAAUGGAAAAGGCUGAACAAGAAGCAGAGUAAGAUGUACUUGUUAUUAUGAAUUAGUGCAGUGCUCGCAAAUAGCGGCAGAUAUUAUUUUUUAAAUAUUUGUUCUAUUUUUGAAGCAACAUUGUGGUUUUACAAUCUGUUGUCCUAACAAGAAGCAGAGUAAGAUGUACUUGUUAUUAUGAAUUAUUGCAGUGCUGGCAAAUGUUGGCAGGAUAUUUUUUGUCUUUUAAUAUUUGUUCUAUUUAUGAAGCAACAUUGUGGUUUUACAAUCUGUUGUCCUAAUUUUCUACUUGUUCUGAAGAUCACAUCUUUUAUUUUCUGCUUAACUUUCGCAGCCUUUCAUUAGGCGCAGGUAGCAGAGUUAAAGCUAUCCUAUUCCUGCCAUGUAAUCUACACUUGUGGUGUGCGUGCCUACAUCAUGGCAGUCCGAUGCUCUUGCAUCUUGUGCGACUGUUGUGUGCAGUGUGCCUUGUUCUAUGUGUGAACUCCAAGGUGUAAUACCCUUGACCCAUCCUUUUUGUAUGCAAAUCACACGUGCAAGGUACAUUUCACCAUUAAUUUUGGUUAUUAACUGUUAAGAUGUUGACAACUUUCUUCAUAUACGGGGCAAACUUGGGAACAAGCACAACUGCUUGUGCUGCUGUUUCCCUUUUAUAUUCUUCCUUUCUCUGGCAAAUUGCAAAGCUGGUCUGCAUGUAUGGCUGGUCUUUUUUUUCUUUUAGCUGCAUUUGCACAUGGUUAUAGUGGUAGAGAGUUUUAGAAAUGGUAGACUCAGUUUCUGAGCACUAUCUGCCUUGCAUACAAAAGAGUUUGCUACAAAGUGAGCUCUGCGCACUUUGUAGCACCACUGAUGCUAUUUUUUUGGGUACAUCAAGUCCCUAGUAAUGUUUCCAGGUCAUUUACAUCCACUAUUUUUAAAACUCCAGUUAUGAAGCACUCUCCAGGCAUGCUGUCAUGCCAUCAUUCUUUUAGGCAGCAUACAACGUGUCAGUGCAAACAAAAGAAAUAUGAUGCUUGAUCUUGUAUAACUGAGUACAGUGUGCUUGUAUAGUUUUCUUUUUUUUUUUUUCAACAAUUUACAAAAUGUGCAUGCUGUACAACACUUGAAUGACUUUUUGUAUAUUGAAUGAAAAAUAUUGUAUGGCAGUGUUUCAUGUAGGAUGUCAACUUUGAUGUAGAUCUGCGUGGUCGUACUAAAUAUUUUUGACAAGUUUCUUAGUUGUACUUUAAUUUGUGAAAUGUGUCUUCGACAAACAAGAUGAUAUAGGAGAGCUUAAUAUGGGACGAACAUUGCCUGGGGCCAAAUCCAAUUUCCCAUUUUCAAUAGAUGUGAAAUGCAGAGAUGCUUUCCUUAGACAACUGUUCAAUUGAUCUUUAUGAAUUUUGUUGCAUUUGAGAGAACGCUAGGUUCUACCAAUUGUGAGAAGCAGAAUUCUUAAUUUAAGCCCUUAUCAAUUUCCAGCCUUCUUUAGAAAAUCGUUAAUUUAAAAAAUGUGGAAGCAUAAUUUCAUACUUCAUAAAGCGGCAAUAAAAACAGAUAUAACAUUUCAGUAAACUUGAUCUGUUAAUAUAUCUGAAGUGGGCAAAUUUGGUAUAUCAGUCCACAGUUUACCUGAAAUUGUUGCAUUGUUUUCGGAGGCAGAUAAAAUUGAUAUGUACCAUUCUAAUACAUGUCAGUAAUUUGUGAAUUUAUGUCCACAAUUUUGCAAAGUUGAUAUUUUUCUUUAUUUGUGAAUUACCUUAAUUCAGUAAACUGAAUGCUUAUGGCAUUCAGUUCGAAAGUCUUCUCCCUACUGUCGGUAGAUUUUAACUUUUUAAGUGUAGCAAGUGUCAUCAAAUUCAGUGCAGCAGUGGGGAGUGACAUGAUUUUUCUGUCCUCAUCUUUUAGAUAGGAGCUCCCUAGAUAAAGGUUUAUCUUAAAUUACAUAGUUUUCCUGUCUGCUUAAAUCUUGUUCUUCAUUCUUAACUGCAUUUACACCGUUCACCGCCUUAUGCAUUGCAGCAUUUCUACUUCACUUAAUUUUUCGAAUUGAAGAGCCAGUUUAUUUACUCGUUCACAUUGUGGCACUCCCUGUGACUCUAGUCUCUCCUGAGGCCUCAGGAUAUAUGGUCAUUUGAGCAUAUACAUGUGUGACACCUUUGAUAUUUGAUGUAAUCAUUUGUUCUUUGAGUGUGUUGUAUUAUAUUCAAUUAAAGCAUAAGCAUACUCACAA